CUAUAAAACCACCCUGUACCGUGUGAAUUAUUCAGUGUAUUCAGAACGUCCAAUUGUUUACAACAAGUGGCUACUACCUACUCCGUCGUUAGUUUCAAAUCUCGAGUAAUUUCAAAAAGAAAAUGAACGGAACCACCAAAAAAACCGUUAUCGCCGUGUUGGUAUUAAUGGUCAUUGGAACUGCCAUGGCUGACAUGGCCGACGUGGGAAUGUGCAUCAGGAAUUGUGCGCAGUGCAAGAAGAUGUUGGGAGCUUACUUCGAGGGACCGUUAUGUGCUGACGCCUGUGUCAAGUUCAAAGGAAAGAUGAUUCCGGAUUGCGAAAACAUCGAUUCCGUGGCACCGUUCCUCAACAAACUCGAAUGAAAUAUAUAAUGUCAAAAAAUAAUAUUAUCCCGCAUUUAAAAUGUACACGUUGUAGUACAUAAUAUUAUGUAAACGAAAUAGUAUUAUAAAAACAAACAAAUUAUAAAAAAUAUAUAUAAUAUUAAUAAAUCAGGUAACUUGAUUACAUUAA